UCUCCGCGUCUCCGCCUCUAAUACCGAUUCCUAAUCUUUCUCUAUCCGAAAUUCCGAAUCCAAUCAGCCAUCAAACAUGAAUCUGCCGGGGGAUUCCGCCGGCGGAAGCACACCACCGUCGUCGAAAAAGCAGCUUCAACUCCAGGGGCCACGCCCACCUCCUCUCAGAGUCAGCAAAGAAUCUCACAUAAUUAAGAAACCACCGCUGCCACCACAUGCUGCCGCCGUCGCCACCCACCAACAUCCCCGCCUCUCGCCUGACGAUGCCAGCCAGCAGCGGCAACCGGUGAUAAUAUAUUCCGUAUCUCCUAAAGUUCUUCGAGUCCCCGUCAGCGACUUCAUGGACGUCGUCCAGCGCCUCACUGGGCUACACUCGGUCAACGAACAGCCUUCUGGAUCCGGAGCUGUUUCGCCGGCAGCGAAGUUGGCUUCGAUAGAAAAGACAAGCCCAUCAGAGAAGGAAAGAUUGCGGAGCACCGGAAACGACGCGAUGAUUGAAUUGGAAGGCAUAGAUGUGGGGCAGUUCCCAGGAAUAUUAUCACCGACGCCGGCAAGUUUAGGGCCGAUACCACCGGAUUAUUUCUCACCGGUCGCAGAAACGCAGCCGUUUUGGCAUGACUUGAGCCCGUUUUGGUCGGGAAAUAGCUUCAUGGGGAGCCCAUCGGGAUUGCUUUCGGCGAGUAUAGUGUCGCCACUAGCGUCGCCGGAUGUGUUCCGUCUUUUUGACUAAGAAUUUUGGUACCAAUUUUUUUUUAAAUUUUUUUAAUAUCUAGGUAAGUAGACGGGAGAGAAUUGAACAUUCUUCAUUUUCAUAUUUAAAAAAAAGAAAAUCAUUGUUGCGGAAUUUUAUGUACAUGUUGUUCAAAAUAACUUAAUGUUUGCAAUUCGUGGAAGAUAAUACUGGUUUUCCUGUUUUGAUUGUCACAGCCAGAAUUCGUUUUUACCUCCGGUUUACUGAAAAAAAAAAAAAAACGAAUUCAUUAGUAUCAUUUUCAGUUUCUCUGGCGGUUUGUUUUAUACAUUUAUAUGCUUUGGACUUAUAGUCUCUUACAUGAUUUAUUUGUCAUUUUCUUUUUCGUUUUCCCUUUCCACUUUUCUCAUCUUGAUUGUGAUUUUAAUUAUGAUUUUCCUCUCCAUUAAUUGAUAAAUUCAAAUCAUAAACUCUUCUGCCACCAAUUCAAAUGGAUCCCUUCAUUUAACGCGUUUAGUGCGUCCGGUGAGGGGGAAAAAAAGUAAAGAAAAUGACAAAUACUGAAUUAUAUGAGUUUUAUAAAUGUGUGUUCAAUAAGGAAUUUAUGCGAAUUAUAAGAGUUUUUUUGCCACAUAAAUUCAUGACUAUUACAUUUGGGAGUAAAUGCAAAUGAUGUAAAUUCAGUAAUGAAUCCAAAUAUUCUCUC